GUUUAAAGCUGGAUGAUUGCGUAAGCACAACUCCCAGUCACACUGACUGAUAAGACCCUGAAUCGCCAAAGGGGUUCUCGAUCGCAGCAGCCGUGCAACUGUUUCCUCGGUUAGUUGGUUUUCAGCAGCGACUCUACUUCACAGGAGACCGACUGGGCUACAGAUUUUGCGUGUGACCUUCCCAGGGACAGAAGAUGAAUUAAUGUACAGAUAUAAGUCAAGGUAUGUGCCCAGUGGUGUAAAGUACUUAAGUAAAAAUACUUGAAUGUACUACUUAAGUAGUUUUUGUUGUUGUUGUGUAUAUGUACUUUAGUUUACUCCACUACAUUCCUAAAGAAAAGAUUUACCUUUUACUCCCAUACAUUUUCCCUGACACCCAAAUGUACUCGUUACAUUUUGAAUGCUCAGGCAGGACAGCAAUAUUGUCCAAUUUACGCACCUAUUAAUACAAUGCCUUGUCGUCCCUAUUGCCUCUGAUCUGGCGGAUUCACUAAACACAACAGUGCGUUUAUAAAUGAGUGUUGGAGUGUGCCCCUGUCUGUUCAUAAAUUAAAAAAACUAGAAAAUUGUGCCGUCUGGUUUGCUUAAUAUAAAUAAUGUUAUGUAUAGCACUUACUUUGUACUUUUACUCAAGUAAAUCGGCUGGGUGCAGUCAAUUGCUGUACUUUUUAACUAAUUGUUUGGUGUUGAUUGAUGAAGGAUCAUAGGUGGAAUUCAUGGACAAAGUGUUUGUAUAUCUACUCACAACUCCCAGUAUAACUAUUAGCUUUAAAUGACAAAUCCAUCCACUGUAUCAGUUUUGACAGUGUACGUGGACACAACCCGUAUAUUAGAACAUUCAGAUAGUACAUUUGGCUGCAGUCCUCUCCACAUCUGUUUUCAGUGACUCCCAUGUCCCAAGAGAUAAAUUCAUUAAUUUAGAAAAUAUACAGUAAACAUCUGGCCAUUCUCUUUUUACCAGCUGUUAAAGAUAAGAAUAGAAAUGUUUAGUAUCAAACAAUACAAAGCAACUUGAUAUUUCAAUAAUAUCAGAACUUAAGCGGAUGUUCUCUCUUCCUCGUCAGUCAUCAAUUUCUAAAGAAAUAAACAACACGACAAGCCAUUAUCCAUUUGAGUCACUCUUAUCUGCACCAAAAGUAUGGUAGCCAUUUUUUGUUGAUUAUUGAGGGGGAAGUGAAGUGUUUAUUUGGCUAGGCAAGGCAUGGAUUAAUAAGUCAUUUUUUAAAGUGCCAUGUGUCUGCCACGGGUUGAGGGAACAUUAUGAGUAAAAGCAGUUGCUGGCAUGGAUUUGCUAGACUGUAAUGUAGUUAUUUGUAGCCUGGUUCUGGCAUCAGCCGGUUUUCAACCAUAUUGCUAGUGUACCAUAUGGUCUUAAUGAUGCCAGCCUGAGCCGUUUACUUUACAUUUGCCUUGUAAUCUAGAAGAUCAAAUGGUGGGGAGCAACAUGUUGAUGGUGAUGAUACUCAGUAGGACACACUAUCUGCACACCUGAUAUGUAGUUGCAGGUGCAAACAUUAUGUAUUGCCAUUACUGAAUUGUCAUUGUCUGAUUGACUAUGGACAGUAUCUAUUUCUGACAGAUGGAGAAUCGACAGACCAUUUUGACCAGCCUUAUUGUGAUCCUCAUGGCCUUAACACGUGAGCAACAAUUACACUACUUUGCCUGACUUGGUCCUCCAACCUACUUUUCAAUGCCAUUCUUUUAAGAACACAGUUGAAUUUUAAUCCUGCUACAGCAGUGUCUACAGCAGUCUAGUCCUCUAAUUGUCAUGCUACAGCAAAAACAUAUUCAUCAGUAAUGGAUAUAAUGCCAUUAAAAGUGGCGGAGAAGGCAGUAUAUCUCCAAACUGUCCUAUUCCAAAUAGAAGAGCUUUGUGGUCCAACAGUCGUUUCGCUGUUAGUUUUUAUACCACCUAAAAAUAAUGGAAAACACAUUCUAACUAGUGUCUACUGAUUCAGUAGUACUGAAAGAGGCAUGCGAGACAGUGGAAUAUUUCACCGCCUCUUCCCUCUCUCCGUAAUGGUCUGUGAUUUAUAUGAAACAUAAUUUGUUUGUAGACACAGCCAUUUACAGACAUGAAAUCACCAACCCACUGCCUAUACUUUUCAGUUCUAUUGAAUGGUUGAUGUUUUUUUAUCUUAUGUUCUAAUACAUUGGGAGUUGGGAGAAAUGGGUCUGCUGUCACAAUGUAUUUACUUUUCACCAACUCUUGUUUUUUUCUAGGGCUUAGCGAGGGAGGCUACGUUGCACCGUGCAACAGGCUCAAGUUCGACCACUACGUGCACGGUUACUGCCUCCCGAACUUCAACCAGAGCAUGGAAGCUAGCAAUUAUCAGCACAGGUGUCCCUGGCCCACCUUUAAAGGGUGAGUGUGUCCCCCUACAACAGUGGGGUUUGGUGCAACCUGACCUGCCUCUAGCCUUCCUGCCUAUUGUAUGUUGACGGCCUGAGGUGCACGUUAAUCGUUGCUGUCUGCGCCACCCUUCACAUCUGGGGGGGGGGGGGGGGGGGAGCAGCCUCUGAGCUCCUGAGCUCACAAUGACAUCUUCAUGGCUGAUGAGUGAGUGAGAACAGAGGAAAGGGAUAAGUAUAGCCGCGUAUGACCAUUUUUAACGGCUCUUUCGGGGAAGAUAUACGACCUUUAGUCAUGGGAAAGUCCGACUUUUCCUGUCUCCAGGUUUUUUUUUGUGUUACUUCAGGUUUUGAGCUAAUUAAAAAUGUUGGGGGGUAGCCUAGUGCACAUGGCUAGCCACACUGCUCCCGCUCGUAUUUCUCCGACAUCACAUGUUUGUUCAGAGUGAAGAUGUAGUGCUAGCCCAUUAAUUACACUGUAAUAAUCCAUAUAUUACUGUUGACAUCGCCUGCGGGGCCCAAGCCCUGGAGAGCUAAAUGGUGUGUUAGGGUGGUGUCUCUUUAACACGGGGAACAGAACGACCGGUUACACCCUGAAAUUUGAGAGAUUGGUUCACAGUAGUCCAGGCUGUUUAGUACAUGCUACUUUUAUUAGUCUGUUUUGACAGUGGCUCCGGCCCAUUUCUGUCCCCUUUCUUCCUGAAGUGUGCACUUGUUCACUCCCCACUAAAAGGAAUGGAGAGAAGUAGGGAAAUGGAACAUAGUUUUUACUCCUUUUCACCCUCAGCUCCUACAUCAUGUUGAAGCACUGUGUGGAUGAAGUGGCCACCAUUACCAGGUGUGUGGAGCCUUCACUGAAGGAUGACAUCUUCCUAGAGGUGCACCAGAUGUUCUUCUCACUCUGCUCGCGUGUGGAGGACCCGGCUUUCGCUGUCCUGAUGUUGCUGAUUCUGCCUUGUAUCAUCACCACUCUGCUCCUCCCCCUGUCGUGUGUCCACCUUACCACCUGCAACACAUCCACUGGGCUCUGAGAGCCAACCCUCUUGUGUGGACAAAUCUUACAAAUGCACACACACACAAAAUACACUUUCACGUGAGACACACUAGACGAAGCAAACAGUAAGUUGGAUGUCUGUUUUACAUUAAUAAACACAUUUUUGCACACCCAUAUAUUGUAUGUUGAACAAUGGUACUUAUAGUGUUGUAAUACAUUGUUAUCUACUUACAUAAGUUUGGAAUAAAAAGUUAAUAGAUUUAUUUGAAACACAUAAUAAAUAUUUAUUUUCAGACAAAAAAAUAACAAUUUGUUUUACAGUAGUUUGAAAACCCCUUUACAAUAAUAACAG